AUGGCAUCGCUGCGGGCCGCGCUGCUGUGCCAGCUGCUGGCGGCGGGGGGGCCGCUGGAGAUGGGCCCCGAGGAGGCGGAGCGCGGCCGGGGCUGGGCGCGGUGCCAGCCCGUGGAGAUCCCCAUGUGCCGGGGCAUCGGCUACAACCUGACCCGCAUGCCCAACCUGCUGGGCCACGAGAGCCAGCGCGAGGCGGCCAUCAAGCUGCACGAGUUCGCGCCGCUGGUGGAGUACGGCUGCCACGCGCACCUGCGCUUCUUCCUCUGCUCGCUCUACGCGCCCAUGUGCACCGACCAGGUGUCGGCCAGCAUCCCCGCCUGCCGGCCCAUGUGCGAGCAGGCCCGCCGGGCCUGCGCCCCCAUCAUGGAGGGCUUCAGCUUCGGCUGGCCCGACGCGCUCGACUGCGCCCGGCUGCCCACCCACAACGACCCGCAGGCCCUGUGCAUGGAGGCCCCCGAGAACGCCACGGGCGCCGAGCCCCACCGCGGCCAGGGCAUGCUGCCCGUGGCGCCCGGGCCCCGGCCCCCGGCCCCGGCCCCGGCCCCGGCCCCGGCGCCGGCCCGCUGCGAGAACCCGGACAAGUUCCGCUACGUGGAGAAGAGCCGCUCCUGCGCCCCGCGCUGCGGCGCCGGCGUGGACGUCUACUGGGCCCGCAGGGACAAGGACUUCGCCCUGGUCUGGAUGGCCCUGUGGUCGGCCCUCUGCUUCUGCUCCACGGCCUUCACCGUGCUCACCUUCCUCCUGGACCCGCGUCGCUUCCGGUACCCCGAGCGCCCCAUCAUCUUCCUGUCCAUGUGCUACAACGUCUACUCGCUGGCCUUCCUCAUCCGGGCGGGCGCCGGCGCCCAGAGCGUGGCCUGCGACCGGGAGGCGGGCGAGCCCUACGUCAUCCAGGAGGGCCUGGAGAGCACGGGCUGCACCCUGGUCUUCCUGCUGCUCUACUACUUCGGCAUGGCCAGCUCCCUGUGGUGGGUCGUGCUCACCCUCACCUGGUUCCUGGCGGCCGGCAAGAAGUGGGGCCACGAGGCCAUCGAGGCCCACGGCAGCUACUUCCACCUGGCCGCCUGGGGCCUGCCGGCCCUCAAGACCGUCGUCGUCCUCACCCUGCGCAAGGUGGCCGGCGACGAGCUGACCGGCCUCUGCUACGUGGGCGGCAUGGGCGACGCCGCCGCCCUGACGGGCUUCGUGCUCGUCCCGCUGGCCUGCUACCUGGUGCUGGGCACGUCCUUCCUGCUGACCGGCUUCGCCGCGCUCUUCCACAUCCGCAAGGUCAUGAAGACGGGCGGCACCAACACGGAGAAGCUGGAGAAGCUCAUGGUGAAGAUCGGCGUCUUCUCCAUCCUCUACACGGUGCCCGCCACCUGCGUCAUCGUCUGCUACUUCUACGAGCGCCUCAACCUGGACCGCUGGCGGCAGCGGGCCGCCCAGCAGCCCUGCGGCCCCGCCGGCCCCGGCCCCGGGGGGCGGCGGGACUGCGGCCUGCCGGGCUCCGUGCCCACCGUGGCCGUCUUCAUGCUGAAGAUCUUCAUGUCCCUCGUGGUGGGCAUCACCAGCGGCGUCUGGGUCUGGAGCUCCAAGACCUUCCAGACGUGGCAGGGCCUGUGCCACCGGAAGCUGGGGGCCCGGGCGCGGGCCAAGGCCUGCGGGGGGCCCGGGGCCGCCUGCGGCCGCGGGGCCCGCUGCUACUACAAGGCCCCGGCCGUGGUGCUGCGCCUGGCCAAGACCGACCCGGGCCCGCAGAGCCCGACCCGCGUCUAGGGCCGCCCUCCCCGUCGCCCCCCUCCCCCGGCGGGCAGCCCGGAGCCGGACCGGCCGGCCUGACUUUAUUUA